AUGGAUAGUGAACCUUUUGACAUCAACCAACUCCAGGAUCUAAACCUGCCCUACCCCGCAGUCACCAAGCAGGUUGUGGGAGAUAUCAAGGGUAUCCAGACAAAUGUCACCUUGAUCAAAUUCAGUGAUAGGAUUCUAAUCACUAUUUCACAGAAAGGCCGACUAGGACAUUGGCUGCACGUGCCACUUGAGAACAAAAACCCAGGAACAGAGGGCUUUCACACCAUCUCCGAGCCUGCUGAGGACAGUCUUCUUCCUAUUGGCAAUCUGACUGCCACGUCACUCCUCGGUGGCCGGGCUCCUGGACAUGAAGUAGUUGGUCAGCUUUAUGCUCGUCAAAUCGCCAGUGCCAUUGUCACCAAGACGCCCAAUGAGAAACGUAUGCUCGUUUUGGGGCUUGGGCUUGAAACUGCCGACGCGGAUCGAGAUGUUUUCUUUGCCGUCAUUGACCUUGUGCUGCAAUGCAUCUAA